UUUACAGCAUAAAUCUACAGCCCUCUUUCAACGGGUGAACUUCAACCCCAGUCAUCCAAACUUGACAGGCUGCGUGAGCCAAUGCAGUGAGUUGUAGUUGCAGAACAGCAGGGGGCUGCUGCUGGCUGGACUUGUUCGAGGGCAGACAGCCUGUGUGACAUUUGGGCUGGUGCUCUCCGCCUCGCUGUGUUUACACAGUUGUGUCCAUUCACCCUUAGCAAGGAGUCACUUCCCCAACUGGAGCUGAUAAAAGGCAGAGAGGGGUGGGCUGGUCGAUGCGCUUCACUCCAGGACCCAGCGCUCUCCUCUCUCCCAGCACUCUCCUCUUCCAAGCAUUCUCCUCUCCUCCAGCACUCUCCUCUUCCAAGCAUUCUCCUCUCCUCCAGCACUCUCCUCUUCCCCAGCACUCUCCUCUCUCCCAGCACUCUCCUCUUCCCUAGCACUCUCCUCUCUGCCAACACUCUCCUCUUCCAAGCAUUCUCCUCUCCUCCAGCACUCUCCUCUUCCAAGCAUUCUCCUCUCCUCCAGCACUCUCCUCUUCCCCAGCACUCUCCUCUCCUCCAGCACUUUACUCUUCCCCAGCACUCUCCUCUCCCCCAUCUCAGGACUGGCUCUCUGCACUGCUAGUGCUGACUAUAAAGCAUGUGAGGUCCGGACAGGAGCCUGAACAAGUCCAGCAAGUGCUGUCACUAUGUAGAUCCUGAGGAGCAAUGAGCCCGGCCAGAACAGGGAGAGGCAGCAGCAGCAGCUCAUUGAAAAGGCUCGUGUGCAGCUCAUUUGUCAGGACUUGGGGCAGGAGGCGGCCAAACCUCAGGAGGGCACUUUUGCUGAUUUGCACCGCCACAGCCGUCUAUGGAAUUCUCAUAGCCAGUCAGGUGUUCGGCGGCUCGUCCCACGGUAAAGCUGUAAGUAAAGUUGAGCAGAAAGUUGUGACAGAUGCUGCUCUCAGACUGCCAGGGAGCGCACUGGAACGGAACACUUUCUACAUGGAGAACGCGCAGCCACUAGGGGGCGCCACAAACAGCGCUCUAAUAACUCUGCAGCCCAACGUAGUCUACAUCACCCUGAAAACCAAGCGCAGCAAGCCGGCUAAUAUCAGGGGCACAGUAAGACCCAAGAAGAGGAGAAAAUAUGGUGCCCGUCGGCCAGGUGUCCUACACGACACAGAAAGUAAAAAAGACAAGUUAUGGGCGCAGGGGAGUAAAAUUCCUAAUUCCCAACAUAAAAGCCAGGCUCAGAGUUGGAUCCAGGGCAUAGGUGGGCUCAGGGGAGGCAGAGGGAGCUCUCAGAGUAAUAUUAGGAUAUACAGUGACAGUGCGCCCCCCUGGUUCACUAAGGAGGAUAUCGGGGCAAUGCGAUUCCUCGCAGACUCCAGUAUCGGUCACAUCAAGCAGGUGCUUUCCGGCCCAACCAAGCUGCUCCUUUUUGAAAGCGACCAAACCCACCUCAAGAAAAUGCCAGUGUCCCCAGUUGGCAUGUGCCAGGGCCAGUGCGGCGUCAUUAAGCGACCUCUGGACAUGAGCGAAGUGUUUGCCUUCCACUUGGACCGGGUCCUGGGACUCAACCGGACUCUGCCAUCUGUCAGCAGAAGCUUGGAGUUCGUUCAGGAUGGGCAGCCUUGUCCUGUUAUUUUAUGGGAUCCAUCACUGAUGCCGACAGAUAACCAAACCCAGUCUUCUGUCAAGCUAAAAUGGGGCACAUAUCAAGAGAUGCUGAAGCCUAAAUGCUGGCUGAAUGGCAAAGCACCAAAAGCUGACCUGGGCUGUACAGAAAUCCAUCACCAGGAAUGGUGCAAGAUGGCACUUUUUGAUUUUCUUCUACAAGUUUACACUCGACUUGACAGACACUGCUGUGGCUUCAAACCUCGAAAAGAGGAUUCCUGUGCACAGGAAGGAUUAUACUUGAAAUGUAAUAAUCCAGAGAGUAUUGAUUUGACACAUAUCAUUCAAAGAAGGCAAGAUCCCAGGCGCCUGGUCUUCAUUGAUAACAAAGGAUUUUUUGACAGAAGUGAAGAUAACCUGGAUUUUAAGUUGUUGGAUGGAAUAAAAGAAUUUCCAGAAACUGCAGUUUCACUGCUAAAAAGCCACCGGUUACGUGAAAAGCUGCUUCAGUCUUUUUUCUUGGACAAGGUCUAUUGGGAGAGUCAAGGAGGACGUCAAGGAAUUGAAAAGCUGAUUGAUGUCAUUGAAAGAAGGGCACAAAUCCUUGUGACUUAUAUUAAUGCCCAUGGAAUCAGAGUCAUUCCAAUGAAUGAUUAAAAUAAGUUGCCCACUGAACAUGUCUUCGAAAGGAGCUUUGCAUUAGGUGAACCUGAAAUAGCACUAAAUAUCAUAUCACAAAUGGUUCAAAGAUGUGUAACAUAUUGUGUUACAAUUGGGACAGUUUAGGAAUGCUGCUCCCAAAGUAUCUAAAUUGCACUAUUUUUGAAUGUGUUGUUUGUAUUUGUUUGAAUUUUCCCCAUGAGAUCUGAUCAGAUUAAUGCUGGAAAGAUGCAUUUUUUUAUUCUUUAGAAAAAUAAGUUAUAUUAAGAGUAUUUUUGAAAACCUUUAAUGCAGCAACAUUUGAUAAUAUGGGUUUAGUAAUGCAGGGACGUGCACUAUAGCAGACAAAAAAAAUCCCAGAUCACAUGCCCUAUAUGUGCAGUAGUUUGCCAUAUAGUAUGACAUAGCAUGCCAUAUCUAAGCAUUACAAGGAGCAUGUGAUACACAUAUGUAUUUAUAUUGCGUAUAUUUUACAUGCAAUAACAAUGUGCCCAAGUAGUGAAAAGGUCCCUAAGUACCUAAUCAGAUAUAAAAUAGCAGUAUUCCAAAGAUAGAAUUCUAUUUCAACAUACAUGUUAAACGCCUUGUUUCUUUUAUCCGUGUCUUUUUAUGUAUGUAGGAGCAGCUUCUUGGACAUCCUGUUUCCUGCCAAAUAUUCACAAUUCAUAAAAAAAAAAUUUAAUUAUCUGUAAUGUGCUUUUCUAUAUCACAUAUUUUUAUGCAUUGGACCAAAAUAUAUACAGACCAUUUUCUAUUGGCUUUAUCUAUUUUUCUUAUAUGUUCCACAUAUGUUUUCAAGGUAAAUUUAUUAAGAGUUCACAUUAGACAAUACUUUUCUGGAACGGUAUUUGAUGACAAAAAAAUAGCAUUUAAAAUGUAUAUGACUUACAUCCCUUCCUUUAUAACUUUGUACCUUUAUAUCAUAUUUAUACUAAUUAUCAUCUUCAUAAUUGUCAGGAAAAAUGUUAGUAACAAACUGCACAAUCUUGAUGUUUAUUAUCUAAAUAAAUCAUUCAUAAUAU